CGGCUGGCAGGAGGAAGGCACCGCACCACGCCGCUCCGCACCUCAGCGCGGAGCAGCCGCGCCAUGGCCCGGACCCUCGCCCUGCUGGCGCUGUGCAUGGCGCUGGGGCGCCGCGGAGUCUUUGCUAGCCCAUUGGAGAAACUCGCGCAUGUGGCCCAAUAUGAAAGGGUGACACCUCACAGAGUGCCUGCAGCUCCUGGGAAGAGAGACCUUUCUGCUCAAGUCAACACGUAUCCAGAUCACGUUCAUUACAGCAUCCGUGCAGAAGGGAGGGACUAUGUUCUCCGACUGGAAAAGAACAAGGGACUGAUUGGGGAGCACUACACUGAAACCUAUUACUCAGAAAAUGGCACCGAGGUCACUGAGAGGCCAGACACUCAGGAUCACUGCUUUUAUCACGGGCAUGUUCAUGGACACAGUGAUUCAGCGGCAAGCAUCAGUACCUGCAGAGGACUCAGUGGAUUUUUCUGGGCCGAUCAGUCUGUCUAUUUAAUUGAGCCGUUGGGAGGUGAUGAUAAGGGGGAACACGCGGUGUACCGAGCACAUCACCUGAGAAUGAAGCGUGGGACCUGCGGAGACGCCAAUGUCACUUUGGAAUACGACCAUGAACCGAAAGUUGCUGCUGCAAUGAAGCCCCAUCACUGGAAAUCGGCUCCAUUUCAGAAAGGGACCCGAUACGUGGAGUUGGUCUUGGUCGUGGACAAUGCGGAGUACAAGAAAUCCAAAGACUUACGGACGAUUCAGAAUCGCAUGAAGGAAAUUGUGAAUCACGUAGACAAGCUUUAUCAGACUCUCAAUAUCCGUGUGGCCUUGAUAGGCCUGGAAGUCUGGAGUUACAAAGACAAGAUCACUGUGAGUCCAAACCCAGACACGACACUGGACAAUUUUCUUCACUGGCGAGAGACUGAACUGUUACAGAAGAAGAAGCAUGACAAUGCCCAACUGAUCACAGGCAUAGACUUCCAAGGCACGACGGUGGGGCUGGCCAAGAAAUAUGCAAUGUGCACCAGGGACUCAGGAGGAGUAAAUCAGGACCACAGUUUGAAUCCUAUAGGAGCUGCCUCAACUGUGGCUCAUGAGAUGGGACACAACCUGGGAAUGUCUCAUGAUGAAGACGUUGAUGGCUGCAGCUGCUUGGCCCCAAAGACCGAUGGAGGAUGCGUUAUGGCAGCUAGUGUUGGCAUGAUUUACCCAAAGUACUUCAGCAGCUGCAGUAUAAGUGACCUACAGAAGUUUCUAAGUGAUCCCCGGACUAGCUGCUUACUGAAUAUCCCCAAGGCUGAUGAGCUGUAUGGGGUGCCUGUCUGUGGAAACCAGUUUGUAGAGCGAGGGGAGCAGUGUGAUUGUGGGACAUCCAAGGAAUGCAGGGAUCCCUGCUGCAACGCCACCACCUGCCGACUAAGUGACGGAGCAGAAUGUGCUCAGGGAGAAUGCUGCCAACAGUGUAAGGUGAAGGCUGCUGGUGUGUUGUGUCGUGCCAGUAAGAACAGCUGUGAUCUGCCCGAGCACUGCACUGGCCUCUCAGCGGAGUGCCCGGAGGACGUCUUCCAAGAGAAUGGUGUGCCGUGCCAGUAUGGGAAUGGCUACUGUUAUAACGGGGUGUGCCCCUUGCACAGCGAGCACUGCCGUACGCUCUGGGGCGCAGAGGCCCAGGUGGCCCCUGAUAUCUGCUUUGAGCACAAUGGCCGCCAGAAGGACCUACAUUGCCUGACAGAGAAUGGGAAAAGGCCCUGCAGCCCAAAGGACGUUAAGUGUGGCACGCUGCAUUGCCUGAGUGGGAACAGGAACCCCAUUGGAGGGGGUGGCGUCUACUCCCUAUCUCUCGGAAGGGUGACCUGCAAAGUAGCUAUCACUGUCAAGGAAGAAAGUGACAUGGUGGCAAAUCUUGUGCUGGUGCCAACGGGCACCAAGUGUGGGGAGGAAAUGGUCUGCUAUGCCGGGCGCUGCCAGGACCUCCUGAUUUACGGUGCCAAAAACUGCUCUGCAAAGUGCAAUGGUCAUGGGGUCUGCAAUCACAAGCGGGAAUGCCACUGUGAGCCCGGCUGGGCUGCGCCCUACUGCGAGCGGAAGCUCUCGGAGAUUGCAUCAGCUGGAAGCAGCGUGGUUGUUGCAGCCGUGCUGACAGUGGUGGUACUGGUGGCCAUGCUGAUCAUCGGAGGCUUUGUGUUCUACAGAGGCAAUGGGAAGAAAUACUUCCAGAAAGGGAGGAUUGUGACCAACACCACCAACGGGCUCUCCAAUCCCAUGUUUCAAGAGGGCAGCAAUACCAGGAAAGUGAGGCAUGAGCUGCAGAGUUGCGACAUCAGCAGCCCAAAUCUGAUCUCCACAACCUCAGACCUGAAGAGCCCCAGGUCUGUGUACGUGCCCAUGACUCCCAGCAGGCCACCGCCCGAGCCUCCCGCGGUGGCCAGCAGCGCCUGUCUGAGCUCUCCAGGGUAUCCAGCCAAACCUGUGCAGGUUGGAGUUAAACCCAGCGUGGCACCUCCCCCGCUAGUCUCUGCAAAGCCCAAACCAGCUGCUGGCGAGGUGAAGCCGAAGCCACCGACCCGGCCUCUCCCCGAGCUGAGAAACAAACAGCAGACUGCUUCCUUGAAGGUAGCACUGAAGCCUCCAGCUUCACGGAGAUGAUCCAGAUUGUGGCGGCUGGGACAGCAAGGCGUGGCUGGCUCUAGUGUUUUUUCUAGAAUGAUUGAGCAUUUCUGCUUCUUGCUUAAUGGUACUCGACUCAGUUGGCAGAGUCUUCCUUCAAGGUCUUGAGUGUUUACAUGAAAUGCUUGACUCAGCUGUGCCUUAACACAGAUGCUGUGGCUGCACAAUACAGCAGGGCUGGCCAGCAAUGGCUGCUUGGAGGCCGGGGGGCUCACACCAGCAGAUGUAGGGAAAUGUUCUCAGGUUUUUACUAGUGAAAAUGCAAGGCCUUCCCAAAAGUACAAAUGAGGGACACUCCUCUCACACCGCAGUGCUCCCCUCUUCCCCCCAUGCAGGCAUGGGGGGGGGGGGAGCUCGGGGGACAGUUCCUAUUUCCAUGCUAUGCAUGAUCUGUAGCAAUGAGCCCAGCAGAUCGUGUCAUAGCAACACACGGCCAAGACCACACAUCCUAGCAUGGACCACGUCAGCUAGAUCCAGGGGCCAAGCCCCAGUAUUGCAGGCUGGCAGCUGUAAUCUCUGCACCCCCCCAUGCUCCCUCCUGGAAUGAUGUUGUGGCUCUCAGGUGGUGGACACAUAAAACAAACAUGCCCCGCCCCUGUGGGUGAUCCAAUUCAGCAGUCAGGCCGGGGUUGGGGAUGGCCAUGCCAGCAAUGGCCUCUUAGGUAACAGAUGGAACCUUAGCGCGUUUAGAGACUGUUUUUGCCCAGCCCAGCCAAAUGGUUUUACUGACAGUGACCCAACCAGGAGCCGGGGCUGGCUGCCCAGCCCUCCAUAGGGCCUCUCCUUACAAGUAAAACUGUGACAAGCUGCCAGCCCAAUUCCCUCAAUGUCUCAAGUGUCAGCUCCUACUAUCCGCAGCACAGACCCUGGUAUGGCACUUUCCAGCCUAGUCCUUCCAAAGCACGUCAGGAUGAACUGGGACUCCCGGCUGAAGUUGACAUUUGGGAUGUUCCUGGAUUUGGGUGGGCAGUAGCCACUCUCUCCCCAGCAGAGAUUUCCAAAGCUGCAGGCUGCGCAGUGCGUUGGCGUGACCAGCUACUGCCACUGCAGGAGCCAGUGCUUUACAGUGCCCAGCAGGUAGCAGCCAAGAUCCCAGAAUUUCCUGCAGUAACUUGAUGCCACAGUAAUACAUGCUGCACUGAGCAAACAGCCCCACCCACCCAGAGCUCAUCAUGGUCAGCUGGUGUUUUCAGUAGGCCUGAAGCUUGUUUUGGGUUAUUCUGUUAGCAGCCAGUGUAUUUUAUCAUUUAAAUUAUUGUCUGAGUUAUGGUCUGGCUGAAGGGCCUGUCCUAGAUGGUGUUUUUUUUAAAUCAUGUUAAUUUAAUACCUUUAAUGUGACCUUUUUACUCAUCUGAUGCUGCUCAGUUUGAUAUGAGUUGAGUCAAAGGCAUUGGUAACAGUAAAAGCUGCAGGCCA